AUGACUAAAAUUCUUGAUGGAAUAAGUUCGUUGACAAAAGUACCACUUUCAAAAGUUGAUAAUAUUUCACCAACAAUUAUUAAUGUCACAAAUCCACAAAAUGGUGUUUCAUCUAUUGACAUAGUCAAAAGUGAUAAUGUUAACAAUUUUAAUGAAAAAGAACUAUCAAAAACGAUUAACGUCUCAAAACAAAAUACUAAACAAUAUUCUCAAAUACCCUCUUUCAUAAUUCAAACUGCAAAACCUAUUCCUAAAUUAAAUAUUCCACCAUUAGAAGUACAACAAAAUGUAAAUAUUUCUACAAUACAAUUAAGUAAAUCAUUUAUUGGUAAUAAGGAAACAAAAAGUAUAAAUACUCAAUCAGAUUCAUUGAAAACAAUAAAUGAAUUUCUACAACCAGAAAAGAAAGAAAUACGUUUUCAAUGCUCUCAACUCCAAUUCAAUCAUCCAAAUUCUCUCAAAACAAAGGACAAAAAGAAACCUGAUUGGGAACGAUUGAAACAAGUUUCAAAAACAAAUGAGGCUUGUCAACAAGCAGUUUUUAUUGGUUUAUUAAACAUGUUUGGAUAUGAAAUUGGGAUAGAGAGAGUAUACAAAAUAUCAAAAAAGACAUUUCCUUUAUUAACUAUUAAAUUUGUUCAUAGAUGUACUCCUGAUGGAAAUCAAGAUAUGGAAAUUAUGACUAGUGCUACUAGGUUAAGUGAAGAAAUGUUAAAGUUAUCUACUGUUGAAGAUAAAAAGAAAAGAAGACAACGUAAAAGAAAUAUGGAUGCAUCAAUUUGUAAUUCAUUAAUGGACUAUCUUGAACAAGAAGGAGUAAAAUUUGAAAUAAAAGGGACUAGAAGUGCUCAAUAUACAAUGGUUAUGAAAAAAGUUAAAGAUAUUGAUUUAGUGUUGUUUAAUAAACAAAGAAAAAUUACUCAAAAAGAUAUUGUAAAUAUAGGAAAAUACAUUAAUAAUCAUUUAGUCAAAAUGAUGGGUGGAUUAAAACGAAGAGCUAUCUCUUCUGAACAGUAUAUUAGAAUUGAGCCAAAUGAACCUGAUGUUACUAACAUAUUUUUAAAUCAUUUUAAUGGAUUGUUAAAAGAGUUUGAUGAGAGUACAAAAUGUAUUGAUAUUGACUAUGAUUCAUCACAAAAUUUUCUCACAUGCUCCGCAUUACCACAGCCUUUCCGUUAUAAUAAAUUGAAAUACCCAAAUGAAUAUUAUUCAUUCAUUAAACAAGAUAUUAUAGACUUUAUAUGUCAUUCUUUUUCUUGA